AUGAAGGAAUUGAAGGAGCCGGAGAUAACCUUAUUCGGUAGGAAAAUUGUGCUGCCGGAGAACGGCGGCGAGGACUCCUCCGGCAAAAUUGACGGCGGCGAUUGCGACCUAUGUGAGGAAGCGAGCGAUGGAGGGAAAGGAGAGGAGGUCAAAGCCGAGGAUGAAAACCGGCCGUUGAUUGAUGAGGACCAAAUAGCAGAUGGAACCGAAAGAAAGCCCCAAGAAGAGGAUCCAUGCCCCAACGAAUCAAAAGACACUAAUUCCUCUUCCGGGCCGGACGAGAACCUCAAAACUUCUCCUGUCGAUGAGGACACAGUCUCUGAGAACACCCACAAGCCCGAAACCGAACAAACCCCAAAUGGGCCCCAAAAGGCCCUCAAGAAGCCCGACAAGAUCCUCCCUUGCCCGCGCUGCAACAGCAUGGACACCAAAUUCUGCUACUACAACAACUACAACGUGAACCAGCCACGCCACUUUUGCAAGAGCUGCCAGCGGUACUGGACAGCUGGCGGCACCAUGAGGAAUGUUCCGGUGGGCGCCGGCCGCCGCAAGACAAAGAGCUCCUCCGCCUCCUCCGACUGCCGCCACAUCACAAUCUCCGAGGCCCUUCAGGCCGCCGCCAGAGCCGAUCCCUCUGGUGGUUACAAGCCCAACGGCACCGUCCUGUCAUUUGGGCCUACUGGGCCGGGGCCCGACUCGCCAUUAUGUGAAUCUAUGGCCUCAGCCCUGAACCUCGCCGACAAAAGAGCCCAACAUGGGGAUAAGAAUGGGCCGGAUGGAGUGGAAAACGGGACAAGACAACCCGUGAUCCAUAAUAUAAACGGGAUUCAUAUUCCGGUCCCAUGCGUCCCAUGGAAUUUCCCUGUGCCUCUACCGGCGGUAUGCCCAGUGCCCUUUUACCCGACAGCUUACUGGAAUUUCAGUUUGCCGAACACAUGGAGUUAUCCUUAUCCAUGGUUAAAGGCACAAUCUUUAUCCACAAAUCAAAACGCGACAGGUGGAUCGGGCCCAGGGUCCCCGCUCGGUAAGCAUUCGAGAAAUGGGGAGUUGCUUAAUGCGAAUGGUUUGGAAAAUAAAGAUAAAUCAGAAAUAUCUAUCGUGGUACCUAAAACUUUGAGGAUAGAUGAUCCCGAAGAGGCUGCCAAGAGUUCUAUAUGGGAAACAUUGGGGAUUAAAUACGACUCGGCUAGUAGAGAGGGUCUUUUUAAGGCAUUGCAGCCGAAGGGUAAAGAGGGAAAAAUUAAAGUCCGGGACUCGCCUGUGAUGCAGGCGAAUCCUGCAGCUUUGUCUCGGUCAAUCAGCUUUCAAGAGGGUGCUUGA